UGAGAAAUAUUUCCUUAUCAUUUUUUCAUUUUGUCUAACUUAAGUCUCUUGUUCUAAUUUAAUUCUUUCUCUAGAUCAUUUGGUAUACUCGGCUUGAUGAAAAAGGAAAAUGACUCUAAGGUGACAGAAUUUGUACUUCUGGGUCUAUCAUCCUCCUGGGAGCUACAGCUUUUUCUCUUCUUAGUAUUUUUGUUGUUUUUUGUUGCUACUGUCCUUGGAAACCUCUUGAUAGUGAUUACAGUGCGAGCUGAUGCUCACCUGCUCCAGUCUCCUAUGUACUACUUCUUGAGCCAUCUCUCCUUCAUUGACUUAUGCCUCAGCUGUGUUGCUGUGCCCAAGAUGUUAGGGGAUUUCCCACAGCAGGACAAGACCAUCUCUUUUUCAGGAUGCUUGGCCCAGAUUUACUUCCUCCACUUUCUGGGAGCCAGUGAGAUGUUUCUGCUGACAGUCAUGGCCUACGAUAGAUACGUGGCCAUAUGUAAUCCUCUGCACUACCUGUCAGUCAUGAACCACAAGCUAUGCCUUCAACUGGUGUUUGCCUGUUGGUGUGGGGGUUUCAUCCACUCUAUCACACAGGUAAUACUGGUCAUCCAGCUGCCUUUCUGUGGCCCCAAUGAACUGGACAACUUCUACUGUGAUGCCCCACAGGUCAUCAAGCUAGCCUGCAUGGACACCUACAUGGUAGAGGUACUGAUGGUUUCCAACAGUGGUCUGCUGUCUCUCAUCUGCUUCUUGGUCUUGCUGUUCUCCUAUGCUGUCAUCCUGAUCACUCUGAGAACUAGCUUCCACCAGGGCCAGGGCAAGGCAUUCUCUACCUUUGCCUCCCACCUAACAGUGGUCAGUCUAAUCUUUGUGCCAUGCGUAUUCAUCUACUUGAGGCCAUUCUGCAGCCUCUCUGUGGAUAAGGUAUUUGCCGUAUUUUACACAGUGAUCACACCUACGUUGAAUCCCCUCAUCUAUACCCUCAGAAAUGCUGAUAUGAAGACUGCUAUGAAGAAACAAAGAAGAAAGCAUUUGGAAUUAUUUUUCCUUGUUAAAGGAUAA